UAUGAUGGGCAGGGAAUGAAGCCAAUAGGCGGGGAGGUCGUCGCAACACUGUCCAGUGAGCAGCGCGGGGGGCGGCACGGAGUUUCUGGGGUUCGCGCUUCCCCGGCGGGUGAAGCGAGCGGGCGGGAGGAGCUGCCCCCAGCGCUAAGAAGAAGGGGGCUACGCGCACCACGGCGGCGGCGGCUCCUCGGCGGGUUUUGUUUUUGCACUGAAUGUAGCCAGGACGGAUCCUUGUGGGCUUUAGCAGCCCGAGGAAACUGUCAAAGGCACUAUUUUGCAUUUCUGCAGUUUUGCACAGAUUCUGUUCCCAUGCAAACCGAUGAGGGAGAAAUACUGGAGGAAGGCAGUCCCAAGAUGGAACAUGAGGAUUUUGUAAUGGAAGGGCAUGGCAAGACUCCACCUCCUGGUGAAGAAAACAAACAAGAGAAGGAGCAAGAAAGGGAAGAACAGUUAAUGGAAGACAAGAAAAGGAAGAAAGAGGAUAAGAAAAAGAAGGAAUCUACUCAGAAGGUCACAGAUCAAAAAACCAAAGUGCCCGAAGUGACAAAACCAAGUUCAAGCCAGCCAGUGGCCGCCAGCCCAAUUGGCAGCUCUCCAUCGCCACCAGUCAAUGGUGGCAACAAUGCCAAAAGGGUGGCAGUGCCGAACGGACAACCGCCAAGCGCCGCCCGCUACAUGCCUCGGGAGGUGCCGCCGCGAUUCCGUUGCCAGCAGGACCACAAAGUGUUACUGAAACGUGGGCAGCCCCCUCCGCCAUCCUGUAUGCUACUUGGGGGUGGGGCAGGGCCUCCUCCCUCUUCAGCACCUGGAGCAAACCCAAACAACGCACAACCAGUGACAGGAGCACUGCUGCAGAGCGACAGUGGGACUGCAACAGAUUCAACAGUUGGAGGUGCUGCUGCUUCAAAUUAUGCAAAUUCCACUUGGGGUUCUGGAGCCGCCUCCAACAACGGCACCGGCACCAACGCCAACCCAACUCACGUCUGGGACAAGGUGAUUGUAGACGGGUCUGACAUGGAAGAGUGGCCUUGUAUUGCCAGCAAAGACGCUGAGUCUUCUUCCGAAAACACCACCGAUAACAACAGUGCCUCGAACCCUGGCUCAGAGAAGAGCACUCUGCCAGGAAGCACCACUAGUAACAAAGGAAAAGGAAGCCAGUGUCAGUCUGGAAGUGCUGGGAACGAAUGUAAUCUUGGGGCCUGGAAGUCUGACCCCAAAGCUAAAUCUGUUCAAUCUUCCAACCCUGCUGCAGAGAGUAACAAUGGACUAGGAAAUUGGAGGAACUUGAGUGGGCAGGACAGAAUAGGCCCUGGUUCUGGCUUCAGCAACUUUAACCCAAAAAGCAACCCAUCUGCCUGGCCAGCACUGGUUCAAGAGGGCAAUUCUAGGAAAGGGAUUUUGGAGUCUGAUAAUGGUAACGCCAAUGCACAGAUUAGCACAGUAGGUCAGACCUCUAGGGAACAGCAGUCAAAGAUGGAAAACGCGGGUGUUAACUUUGUUGUCUCUGGCAGAGAACAGGCUCAAAUACAUAACACUGAUGGACCAAAAAAUGGAAACACUAACUCCUUGAACUUAAGUUCGCCAAACCCUAUGGAGAAUAAGGGAAUGCCCUUUGAAAUGGGCUUGGGGAACCCCUCCAGAAGCACUGAUGCCCCUUCACAAAGCACUGGAGAAAGAAAGACUGGGAGUGUUGGAUCUUGGGGUACAUCUAGGGGGCCUUCUGGAACUGACACAGCCGCUGGACAAAGCAAUUCUGGAAACCAUGGGAACAAUGGAAAGGAUAGAGAGGACUCCUGGAAAGGAGUUUCUGUUCAAAAACCUAAUGGGUCAAGAAAUGAUUCUUGGGAUAACAACAACAGGUCUAUGGGUGGUGGGUCUUGGAACUUUGGCCCUCAGCACUCAAAUGAAAACAAAUGGGGUGAAGGGAACAAAUUGACAUCUGGGGUCUCUCAGGGAGAAUGGAAACAGCCGUCUGGGUCUGAUGAACUGAAGAUUGGAGAAUGGAGUGGUCCAAACCAACCAAAUUCUAGCACUGGAGCAUGGGACAAUCAAAAGGGCCACCCCCUUCCUGAAAACCAAGGCAAUUCCCAGGCUCCCUGUUGGGGAAGAUCUUCCAGCUCUACAGGAAGUGAGGUUGGAGGUCAAAGCACUGGAAGCAACCACAAAGCAGGAAGUAGUGACAGUCACAAUUCUGGACGCCGAUCAUACAGGCCUACGCAUCCUGAUUGCCAGGCAGUCUUGCAGACUUUGCUGAGCAGGACUGAUUUGGACCCCCGUGUGCUUUCAAACACUGGCUGGGGCCAAACUCAAAUUAAGCAAGAUACAGUUUGGGAUAUUGAAGAGAUGCCAAGGCCUGAGGGGAAAUCUGAUAAAGGAACUGAGGGGUGGGAGAGCUCUGCCACACAGACAAAGAACUCAGGGGGCUGGGGAGAUGCACCCAGCCAAAGCAAUCAAAACAAGUCUGGAUGGGGUGAGCUCUCAACCCCCACAGAGUGGAAGGACCCCAAAAACACAGGAGGGUGGAAUGACUAUAAGAACAACAAUUCUUCUAGCUGGGGAGGAGUAAGACCAGAAGAAAAGACCUCUUCCUCUUGGAAUGACAAUUCCAACAAGGAUCAAGGGUGGGGUGGACGGCAACCUAAUCAAGGAUGGUCUUCAGGAAAGAACGGUUGGGGAGAGGAAGUUGACCAAACGAAAAACAGUAACUGGGAAGGUGCAGGAAACAAACCAGUGUCGGGUUGGGGUGAAGGUGGGCAAAAUGAGAUUGGGACUUGGGGUAAUGGUGCAAAUGCAAAUGCUGCUUCAAAGGGUGGAUGGGAUGAUUGUAAAAGAACGCCAGCAUGGAAUGAGACUGGUCGACAGUCCAGUUCCUGGAAUAAGCAGCACCAGCAGCAGCAGGAGGCUUCUGGCUCCUGGGGUCCUCCACCACCACCACCUCCAAGUAAUGGGCGACCUCCAAAUCCAAACUGGAACAGUGGGCCACAGCCAGCGGCCCCCAAGGAUGAGGAACCCAGUGGCUGGGAAGAACCGUCUCCACAGUCGAUCAGUCGGAAAAUGGAUAUUGAUGAUGGCACUUCAGCAUGGGGAGACCCUAGCAGUUAUAACUACAAGAAUGUGAACCUGUGGGACAAGAACUCGCAAGGGGGACAGGCUCCACGAGAACAAAGCCUGCCUACUCCAAUGACUAGCAAAUCAACAGCAUCAGUCUGGAGCAAAAGCACACCACCUGCUCCAGAUAAUGGUACGUCUGCCUGGGGUGAGCCAAAUGAAACCAGUCCCGGGUGGGGUGAAAUAGAUGAUACAGGAGCAUCGACAACAGGCUGGGGGAAUGCACCUUCCAACGCCCCGAAUACCAUGAAACCUAGUUCCAAAUCUAUGCAAGAUGGCUGGGUGGAGAAUGAUGGGCCAGUAACAGGAACACGUCAUUCAAGCUGGGAAGAGGAGGAGGAAGGAGGAGUCUGGAACACAGCAGGCUCUCAAGGAAGCAGUUCCUCCCACAACUCAACAAACUGGGGACAAGGAGGAAAGAAACCACAAAUUAAGUGUUCAUUAAAAGGAGGAAAUAGUGAUUCGUGGAUGAACCCUUUAUCCAAACAGUUUUCAAACAUGGGAUUGCUAAGUCAAACUGAGGACACUCAAGGCAGUAAGAUGGACUUGUCUGUAGGUGGUCUCCCAGAUAAGAAGUUUGAUGUGGACAAACGAGCCAUGAACCUUGGGGAUUUUAAUGAUAUAAUGAGAAAGGAUCGAUCUGGGUUCCGUCCACCUAAUUCCAAAGACAUGGGAACCACAGAUAGUGGGCCUUAUUUCGAGAAGCUGACUUUGCCUUUCUCCAAUCAAGAUGGGUGCCUUGGGGAUGAGGCUCCUUGCUCUCCCUUCUCCCCUUCUCCCAGCUACAAGUUGUCUCCCUCUGGUUCCACACUACCUAACGUCAGCCUUGGGGCAAUCGGCUCAGGGCUCAACCCCCAAAACUUCGCUGCUAGACAAGCUGGCAAUCAUGGUUUAUUUGGAAACAGCACAGCACAAUCGAGGGGCAUGCACACACCAGUGCAGCCAUUAAACGCUUCCCCCAAUAUCCGGGCACAGGUGCCUCCCCAGUUUCUUUCCCCCCAGGUUUCUGCCUCCAUGCUCAAGCAGUUUCCCAACGGUGGCUUGAACCCAGGUCUUUUCAAUAUAUCUCCUCAACAGAUUGCUAUGCUGAGUCAGCUUCCAAAUAUUCCUCAGUUUCAACUAGCAUGUCAGCUUCUUCUUCAGCAACAACAGCAGCAGCAGCAGCAGCAGCAACAGCUGUUACAGAACCAGAGAAAGAUUUCUCAAGCUGUGCGACAGCAGCAAGAGCAACAGCUUGCUCGUAUGGUGAGUGCCCUCCAGCAGCAGCAAAGGCAGCCUGGCAUGAAGCAUUCUCCAUCUCAUCCAGUUGGGCCUAAGUCACAUUUAGACAGCAUGGUACCCAAUGCUCUGAAUGUGGGUCUCUCAGAUAUACAGACCAAAGGGCAAAUACCCGGAUAUGGUUCUGGCUUUGGUUCAAGUGGCAUGGAUUAUGGCAUAGUGGGAGGGAAAGAAGCUGGAUCAGAAUCUCGCUUUAAACAGUGGACUUCUAUGAUGGAAGGGCUGCCCUCCGUAGCUUCACAGGAUGCCAAUAUGCACAAAAAUGGCGCAAUAGUGCCCCCUGGAAAAGCCCGUGGAGGAUCGCCCUACAACCAAUUUGACAUAAUCCCAGGCGACCCACUGGGUGGCCAUGCAGGCCCUGCUGGCGAUAGUUGGUUACCUGCCAAAUCUCCACCAACAAACAAGAUCGGAAGCAAAUCCAGCAAUGCGAGCUGGCCUCCAGAGUUCCAGCCAGGAGUGCCAUGGAAAGGUAUUCAAAACAUUGACCCUGAAUCUGACCCCUAUGUGACCCCUGGAAGUGUGCUGGGGGGUACAGCCACAUCUCCCAUUGUAGAUACUGACCACCAACUUCUGCGGGACAACACCACAGGGUCUAAUUCUUCCCUCAACACCUCGCUGCCUUCACCUGGUGCCUGGCCCUACAGUGCCUCUGACAAUUCCUUCACCAAUGUUCACAGCACUUCAGCAAAAUUCAAUGAUUACAAAUCAACAUGGUCCCCAGAUCCCAUAGGACACAAUCCCACUCAUCUCUCCAACAAGAUGUGGAAAAACCAUAUUUCCUCAAGGAACACUACAGGGCUGCCCCGCCCACCACCUGGCCUGACCAACCCCAAACCAUCAUCUCCCUGGAGCAGCACAGCACCCCGAUCGGUCAGAGGGUGGGGGGCACAGGACUCAAGGCUUGCCUCUGGUGAGAAGGAUCUCCUGAUAGCAUCAUUGCUCGGCCGUGAGGGGUGUGUGUUAUACAGCGCUAAUGGUGUGGAUAUGAUGCGGCCUUCACAAGAGAGGAAGUUGCGUUUGCCCGCCUCUACCUGGAGUGAUGGGGGCUCAGUUCGUCCUAGCUACUGGCUGGUUCUUCACAAUCUCACUCCACAGAUCGAUGGGUCAACCUUGAGGACGAUCUGCAUGCAGCAUGGCCCACUGCUGACAUUCCAUCUGAACCUGACCCAGGGCACCGCCCUAAUCCGAUACAACACCAAACAGGAGGCGGCCAAGGCCCAGACUGCACUGCACAUGUGUGUGUUGGGAAACACUACCAUCCUGGCUGAGUUUGCCACAGAUGAGGAGGUUAGUCGCUUUCUGGCACAAGCUCAGCCCCCGACACCUGCAGCAACCCCAAGUGCACCCACAGCAGGCUGGCAAUCCCUGGAGACAGGACAGAACCAGACAGAUGCAGUUGGACCUCCUUUGAAUCUUUUUGGUGGGUCAGCAGGGCUUGGGCAGUGGAGCAGCAGUGGUGGCAGCAGCAGUGGGGGCGAUCUCUCUGGCGCUUCAUUGUGGGGGCCCCCAAACUAUUCUUCAAGCUUGUGGGGGGUCCCAAGUGUAGAGGAUCCCCACAGAAUGGGCAGCCCUGCUCCCUUACUACCUGGAGACCUUCUGGGAGGAGGGUCGGAUUCAAUCUGAACUUAGAACUUUCAACUCUGACCUCGUGACCUUUUUUGGAACAGCAGCAGCACUAACUUGACCUUUUCGUUUUUUUUCAACUUGCAAUAAAUACAUUUUUAAAAGGAAAAAAGAAAACGGAGAGAGAAAAAAAGGUGGGUCAUUGACAGACUGUCUGAGCACAUAGUUGCCUCCCUUAUAUAACUUCAGUUUUUUCGUUUGGAAUAUGAAUCCAAAAAGAGAACAUAUCACUCUUGAAAUACUUGAAUCAUGAACGCCAACUUAGAAAGACAAUGUGAAGCAAGUACACAUACCAUUUAAAUUUAAACACAAAAAAUUAAAAAAAUUAGUUUCUAGUUUUUCACUUUUUCAUGUUAUACGGAAGUUGUUGCUAAGAAACAUAUAUACUGAAAAAAUAGCUUUUUAACUUUGUUUGCACUGGGUGUGUUUCCGUCCUUAGGUCUACCGUGUUGGGUGGGGUUGUGGGGUGGGGUUCAAAAGAAUUGCAGGGGUGGGGGGGAGGGGAAGACUUGACGGAGCCUCACUUUAAAAACAAAACAAAAAAAUGAAAAAAAAAACAAAAAAAAAACCACCCACAAAAAACCCCCAACACUUUGUGAUUGGCUGGUUGAUAAAUACCAGUGUGUUCUGGCACAUGUAACUGCCCAUGUGUGCUUGUUUCUGGUGAGUGUGCAUUUUCUCCCUCUCUCUCUCUUGCUGUCUCAGAAUGCUGCAUUGCUGAUGGGUCUAUGGGCUGGCUGGCCAUCUGUGUGUCUUGAUUCUGAAAACAAGUAUGGGGGAGUCCCAGUGGCUGAAACAAAAUUUUCUUGGGCUGGAUUAAAAUUUGUCAAGUCUUUGUUUUUUUUAAUUAAUUUUAGUAGGGUGCUAAUUCAAGUUUGCAGAUCAUAUUGAAUGUGGGUUGUUGCUUCCUAGCCCUUGUUCUGACCCUGUGGUAGAGCAAAACACUGCCAUGUCCUAAGGAUUUGGUGAGAAGGGGAGCCAAUGUUGUCUUUUGAGUAGCAGUGUAUUUAUUUAUUUAUGUCUGCAUGUGGGGUUUUUAUGAGUAAACCCUAGAAUGUUUGUUUUAUAAUGCAAGCCAUUCUUUUUUCUUCUGUGGAGGGUAAAACAGAGGAUAGAAGACAUCACGUUUAUAUGUGGCUAAAACCAAUGUUCUUAUCUAGUCCCUUGCAGUCUUCAGUACCUUUAGAAAAUUAGUCUCUCACCCCUCCCCCAAAUCGUAUACAUGUAUUCAUGUCCAUUCAUGAAGUAUCCAUCAAAACCCUGAAAUUCCAGCCCAACCACCAUUAUUCUCUUAGUUGAUUUACUGCUUACAUUAAAACUGACAAAACUAAGUUGUGUCAGCAGUUUGCUGGCCUGCCUGCUUCAUCUCCUGAAAGCACAUGCAGCUAACUUCUUUCUGCAUCCCUCCUGAUGAGUGUUACCUGUGCCAGGCCUUGGUGUAUUACAGCACCAGACCAUCACUGACAGAAACGUUUACUUACGAAUGUUCUUAAACCAGUGUGUACUUCAAAUGUUUCCUUUUGUUUCUCUGUGUUGUGUUUUCCCCCCUGUGUACGUGGUUUUGCUUAGGCAGGCGUAUAACUAGCAAAGACUUCUUUUAAAGUAUUGCACCUUUUUUGUUUUUACUUUUUCUGUACCGUUGCUUUUUAAUUUCUGUAUUUAACGAAAGAUUUGUUUGGGAUUUUUUGAGCAUCAGUGUAAUAGUACUCUGGGCACGAUGGGGUGACCUGUAAUCCACAGUAAUAGCCAGUGUGUGCGAGCGUGCGCCCUGGGAACAAAAGUUACAGUACUGCUUGUUGUGAGAAGAGCUGUAGCAGACCUGAAGGGACAUCCCUUUACACAAAGCGGGAGAUAUUUUGUGGGGGCAGGGAGAAGAGGGAAGAGAGAUGCCGGUACUUUUCUCAGAAGUGCCACCACUAGUGUGGUGGUGUCAAGCUCUGUGUUACACUGUUUAGCAUAAAGUGCUGACAUUCUGUACCAGCAAAUACCUACCCAUUCCAACCUUGAAUGGGAACGUACCUCUCUUGUCCUUAUUAACUGUACGGGGAGGGGAGGGGAAUAGCUUUUCUUUAGCAUUUUCACUGAAGGAUACAAUAGUGUCUAAUGUAUUUAACUCCUUAAGCAUUGGGGGGAAUGGAAAAAGCAAACUCAAAGUAUGUGUAUGUGUGUGAGAGAGAGAGAGAGUGAGAGAGAAAGGUAGGGGAAUUCUGUGACUUUUUAAAAUUGCCAUAUCUGUGUAAACCCAGUGCGACAUUGAUGGCUGACUGAGGGGAAUGCUACAUCUACAUAUACCUAUAGAUUCAUAUGCAAAGUGUGUGUGUGUGUGUGUGUGUAAACUGGAGUCUGCAACAUACUAUCUGGUCCUUUUUUGAAUAUUAUUUUUUGUGUUUGUUUUUGGUUCGGUUUUUUUUUACUGUGCUCUCUCCUCCAUCCCACCAUACACAUUGAAGCAAAAUGUUUUUCUUCCAACUCCUACCAGUUAGGUUUGUUCCCUCCCCCCAGGCAGAGCUAUGUUGUCUUUAGUAGCCUCAAUAUGAAGAGCAGCCAUGCACAGAGAUGCAGGAGAGAGAAAAGCCCUGUGCCAGCAGUACUUUCCAAUGAAGCAUCUAUGAUGGCCUGAAUAAGCCAGUAUCCAUUCUGUCACGUGACUUGCCCAUGCUGGUUCACUGCUGUGUUCCCACCCCCUCACUUCUCUCUCCCAACCUGCCCUAAGGUCCCUUUACCUGCACUUUGGGUUAGUUGAGUUCAUUGCGAUACUACGGUGAAAGCCGGGUGCUAGAGCCCCUCUUGUUUACAAGACAUAAUGAGGGAUUUGAAAUAUUUAAAAAUGAAAAGCUAAAAUGUUCUUCCAUAGUAAGCUUAAAGAGAAAAAAAAUUAAAACUUACACACACAAAAGACCAAAAAGUGCACGCAUGCAUGCAUGCAUAUAUAUUAGAUGAAGACUAACUCUGGGAGCAUUUAACAGUGUUGUUUGUUUUUACAUUUAUUUUCCUGCUUUAAAUUUGCAAGCUUUCUCAGGAAUUCUAGGGUAGGAAGCCAGUUUUUGCAGAUGGUUUAUUUAACCUUAUCUUAUCCUAGAUAGAUGGCUGUUUCUUUCCUGUUGAUAAACUUUUACAAGUUCCUGAAUCUUCAAAAACUUUGAAAGUUUUUACUUUAAAAAAAUUAAAAAGCAGAAACAUCUCCAAAUGUUACUGUCAUUACUGGGGAUCAAGCAUUUUAAAGACUGUAAAAAAUAAUAAUUACAACAAAUUCAGUAACAGCAACAGAAAUUCAGUGUAUUCUUAAAAACCAAGUUGUGGCAGAAGAAGGGUUAUUCUUUGUAGAGCGUUGUUAGUCUCAUGUGGGUACAGUUGCAUGGGCAGGGGAGAGAAAUGUAUUAAUGGAAAUAUAAUCACUUAGUUCUUUUGCAAUGAAAAUUAGACUGAAAUAUCCCUCCAAGCACCUUUUUUAAAAAAAGAAAACUGUAAACCUAACCCAUACGUAUGGAAUAUCCUAGCAAUGGAGCAGUUGUAUCUUGUCUCCUUUUUAAUACAGAAAAUGAUCAAGAGGGGAGAGAAUUUGAAAGUCUCCUGUGAAAUGUACAUUAGAGAACAAAAGUGAUUAUUUUUAAGUUUCCAACUACCCCUUAGUCAAUGAUAAUCCCCAUUUUGAAGAUUUGCUGCUUGCUUUUCUUUGUCUCUCACCCAGAAAUGUACUUUAGUUUUAGGGUUUUUUUAGGGGAAUAUUUAAGCUCUCCUGCUGACCCCACAGGUGCCAGCUGUCAGGACUCUCAGCCCUGAGAACAACUUUGCUGAUCUCAGUGUUGGGAUGGAUAACUCCUGUCUCCCAUCAGUAAGGGAGAGGGGCUUAACCUGCGUGAAGUUUUUAGGCUGAAACCACAAGCCACUUUAGUGCCUUUGUACAUAUACCCACACAUUCUGCAAAAGGAGGCAUAUGGAGUUCAGUCACUCCAUGAAAACGAAUGCACCUGCUCUUAAAACAAAAUGAGCCUGUUGCAAAGGCAUGCCAUGCAGUGAGUUACAUAACAGAAAAGGUAAGAAUGCUUUUUAUGAUUUGAAAAAUCAAAUGCCAAAUUUCUCUCCUAUCACUUCAGUUGUGCUCUGUUUCUGUGUUGCAUUCUUCCUGCAGGUGUGUGCAUGUAAGUGCGUUAAAAACAAUACACCAAGUUAAUUUGGAAAAUCGUAGUGUGAUUGGCCAGUAGAGAGGGAUUCUUUUGUUUGUUUGCUCUUUUUUUAAAUUGGGGGGAAGAUAUUUAUCUGAAUGCUUUGCCAGAGGCUGUGCUUUACCAAUUGGCAGUGUCCUAAGAACAGAAAAUGGUAGGACUUAGUGAAAAAGAACCAAGGCCUUUGCUACAGUCCCUUGGCAACAGCCAUGGCUGAUGACUACUAAGAGGUUAGAGCACUGAAUCUUUGGCUGUGUUAUUUCAUAAGAGCAUCCUUCCCCUCUCCAAAAACACCCCAAUCCCUGAACUCGGUGAAGGCUUUAUCUUAGGCACUUGUAUCUUGAGUCAUCAAUUUAUAAGUUGCUUGAGGUACUUUAAUGCCUCCCAUUUCCCACUCUAUUUAGUUGUCAAUUUUGUUCCUGUCCAAAUCUAUAGUUGAAACCAUGCAAGUAAUACUUGUCUAAUCACUGUGUCACUAGCUUGGUUCUAUAAUGGUUUUCCUGACCAUUGUGAACAAUAAUUUUGGAGGGCCGUGCUAGCCAGACAGCACUCUCCUACAGGCCAAAUAUGGCUUGCCUGUCUCAAGCAAGCAGGUCUAUUUGAUGUCAGAGCAUGAAAGAGGCAAGCAGGAUUUCAGGAUUUGGUACUGAGUAGGUCUGGUUUUGGAACACUGUUCUCGAGGAGGCAUUUUUGACUAUCCGGGUCAGGAAAAAUGUGCCAGUUGCUGCUAACGUUGUUUCACAUGAACACCAUGAAAAGAAAACUAGGAAAAGUUUGUAAGAAGAGGUGGAAAGGGCACAUCUUGGAAUAGAUUAUAAACCUCCGCUGCCAGUUGCGGUCAAAUGUCAAGUCCUUCCAGUUAGUCUCAAACACAUCUUGAGUUUCCCAAGAUGUUCAUGAAGAAACAAAGAAAGCACCUUGUAGCAGUUCUGUUCUUGAUUCUUGCUCCUCAUGGCCAUAUAAUCUAAACACAUACAUGUCUCAAUUAUUAUUCCUUUCUUCCUGAUUUCCUGUCUCCUUUGUUUUAAUCCUCCACUAUUUUAGUUCUUCUAAUUACAUUUUAGCGGUUUUUUUUCCUUUUUACGUUCUGUUUUCUAUAAAUUCUGCUCCAGUACCAGCUGCUUCCCCUUCUCCCCCUGAAUGUUGCCUGAAUUGUCUGUAGGCUUAUUCUCUGAAUUAGAUGGGUUUGAGCCCUUCUUCCUUUCUCCCUCCUGCCAUAGUAACUUUAAUAAAAGUUACAGUGAAGAUUUCUAGUAUGCAAAAUGAGAAACAAAAGCAAAGUAAGAAGUUUUAAAAUCUAACACCACUUCUGGUGGAAAGAAGAUUUAAUUUCUUGAACUGGAUGCCGUUUGGGAAGACUUUGUCUUUUCCAGUAUGCCUGUGCUUUUCUGGACACUUUUUUCCACUUUUUGUAGAGGACCUCUACAAUCAAAUGGUGUGAACUUUUUCAUAGACUUUGGCUUUCUGAUGUUCAGGUUAAACAGAAGAAUUUAUGUACUGAACAGGGACCUUAAGCCAAACACAUUUUACUCUGAAGUAUAAACAGGUUGUUUUCAGUAGACUCCAAUAUUAGAGAACAAUUCAGCCUUUGUAUUAAGUUGAUCUCUUUUUAAAAAAAAUUCAUCUUGAAGCUUUUAAUAAUUAGUACAUUAGAAAUCUUGGUCUUUCUACUUAAUAUUGUUUUUCAUUGCAGGGAUUUGAACUGGCAAAGGUGACUGGUGUAACACUUUGUAAAAAAAAAAAAACAAAAAAAAAAACAAAAAACCAACUUUCUCCUUAGUGUAUGCUCUCCUUCCUCAUCAAAUGCUGCCACAUCUCCUCUGUUCAUGCCUUGAUGUAGAAUAAUCUUCUCCUCCUUCAUCCCUCAGCUGCCUUUCCCUCUUCCUGGGUCUGAUUUUGCUCUUGCAUGUGGAUCUCCCAUUGACUUUAAUGGGUGCCCAGUAUGUGCUUCUGAGAUCCACAUUUGGCCCUCUGGGUCAGAUCCAGGAAACCCUUAUACGAGUAAUCCUUACUCUCACAAGUUAGUGCCACUGACUUGAAUGAGUAAGUGCUACUCACAGGAUUAAGGGCUAUUUUUGUAAGUAAGAGGUUGCAGGAUCAGGAUUUAAGAUUGUAGCUGUGGAGCUCUAGUGCGACCAAUACAACCAGGAACACCUGCAUGUCCAUGCAUAUAUUAAAUUCACUAUAAACUGUGUGACUUCAGAAUCCAGGACUUCUCCAGUGUUCUGAGAUGCUCUUAUAGUGCUUGGCAGGUAGUCACUCAGGAUAUGAAGUACUGAUUGACUGGGGUGGGAGUUAGAUUUUUUUUAUCUGCCCUGGGAAAAAUUCCAUUAUAGCAGGGAUGGAUGUCUCCUUAACUGUAAAUAUGCAAAAUAAUAAUGCAGAAAAUACUCCAAAAAUACAAAGUUGAAAUGAUGUAUAAGAAACUAAAAAAUGCUGUCAGGAGAGUGUGAUUUUAUUAAGACUGAGUUUUCUCUUAUAGCUGAAGCAACAUAUGCAGAACCUGCAGCCUUUUCUACACUAAUUUUUCAAAAAAGAAAAAAAAUCCAACACGUAAUGUUAGUAACAUUGGGAGUACAACACAGAGGGGCCACCUGUUGCCUCUGGCAUUUUAAGCAUCAUGUUGAUUAUACCUGCUCUGAACAGACUAUAGAUGACAUGAUGCUUACAAUACCAGAAGUCCACCAACACUAAGGUUUCUUGUGUGGCUGAACAAGUGUUGUUUAUGAUGGGAAACUUGUGCAAAAUUUUCUGCAAAAUUAGCGUAAAUCCUUGUAGCUAAAUGGAGCUUGUGGCUAGGACUAAACAGUGUUAGAACUGUACCCUAGCUAGGGACUAACCUUUUAAACACUGUUCUAAUAAGUUUUGUCUCCUCUACAGACAUUUUGCAAAAAUAUCCCACCAUUGCAAACACCAGCACAAAUGAACUUGUAUUACCAACAGUGGAGACAUUUUGGCAAAAUUUCCCUGAAGUAGAUAAGGCCAUACAGUUUAGUCCUUUUUACACUGACUGGCUAGGCCAUAUUAGAACCCUGUUUGUCCACAAUAAAGUCCACAAUGCUGCUAUUAAAACUGAGUCAGUGGACCUCGUUACAACAGUUUGGUUUGUGGUGUAGAUUGGACUUCAGCCAUGCUCUGUGGUUUGCUAAAACCUUGGAUGUGCUUUAGCCCCAUUAUGGAAAAUGGUUGAUCCCAUCUGUGACACAGAAAAUGUUCUAAUGGCCUCCAGACUUGUAGGGUUCUAAGCCUGUUUUUUAAACUGUGUUGUCAGGCCAACGUAGAUGUAACCUAAUCAGCGGCAUGCAACAAAGCAACAUUCAUAGGCUGCCAGAGUUUGUGCAUGUGUUGCUUUUUAUAAAGGUAUGCAGGAAAGUUUCUCUGAAAACCUCCCAGAACCUUGGGUUGUGAAAAGAGCAUCUUGCAAACUAAGUGUCCAGAGCAAAGAGUCAUUUCCCACUGUGCAUGUGGCAAUCAGUAAUGGGGACAUCCAGCAGUGUUAAAACCAGGUGGAAUUUUUUUUUUCUUAGCCAGAGAGUUGCAAUAAUUUUGACUUGACCCUGACAACCAUUCCUAUAAAAACAAGACAAUGCACUCCAGAUAAAAUGGUAGAAAGUUUUGUUCCAGGCAGCCACUGAGUAUUCUUUGUGGCACAGUCUAUGGCUAUUUGGUGGGCAGAGGGAGAAGAGGGGAGAUGGGAAGAGUUUGCAUGGACAAACGAGAGAGGCAGUGUUUAGCAAGAAGUGUUUCUUUUUAAGCACUGAAUGCCUCAUCUUAGGUAUUAAAGUACAAAUCAAUGCAUUCAAAUAACAAAAUGUCAGUUUUUUAACUGUUUUUAACCAUGACAAAUACAUGGAAGUUUCUCUCAUGUUUUAGAUGAAACAACCUUAGAUGAACAUGGUUCCUUCUUAAUACUAAUGUUGAGCAGCAAGAGCAGGUUGCACAGCUUGCUGGAAAUAGAUAUUUUAGUGACAUGGUUAUGAUAUUAAGUGCUUUUCUUCCCCUUCCCUACCCCUUCCAGAAUCGUCUCACCCUCCUUAUAUAAGGUGCUGAAUGUUUUGUAUUUUUAGUGGGAGGUGCAGGAGGAGCAGAAGAAGGAAAAGGGAGCCAAGAUAGAACAGCCUUACUUUAGGGGGUAGCCUUACAACAGAGCUUUAUAUUGGGGGUGUGCUGUAUUCCAAAACAUGUAAGCCAAAAAUGGAAAAAAGCGUUCAUUUAUGCAACGACAAAAAAUGGGGUGUUGGAAAACUUCUUUAAGAAAUAUGUACCUUCUGAAGGUAGAGAGCGGUGUCUCACCAAGUGAUACGUUAUGUGAUGCUUCUUGCUGGGUCAGUAGGGAUGGAUUGGGGUAUAAGCGCUUAACAUUUUCCCCUCUUUGUUGUUUUUACAAGCAGUAACUUAAAUGUGGUAUUUAUGAAUGUGCCUUUGUGAGUACAGUGACUGUCUAAGGAGACUACUUGGGCUGGAGGAGGGAGACAAUGGUCAAUUCACUCUUUCAAGAGGUCAAAUAUAAAGAUGCCAGCCCACUGGUCCCUUUCAAGAAGUAGCAUCUUUGGGCUAGUAUCUACACUAGCACUAGUAUCUACACUAGUAAUCGUAAGUGGUGUAGAGGUUUGGGAUGUGGGAAGGGACAUGACAUGAUGCACAGAAGCUGAUGAUAGUUUUAGGCUAGUCCGCAGUUGCAGGUUGAAUUUAUAUUUGUAUUAUGUAGCUUCUCUUUUGUUUGUGUGUGUGUGGCUUGCUUUAAUUUUUUGUAAGCACUGGAGAAUUGAAACAGUGAUAUUUGAGACACAUUUAUGCAUGUAGAGAAGAAGGUGUUUUGUAGCUUCUGCAAUUUGUGGGUAUAGGCACACUUUUACCCUUUCUUUCCAUGUCCUAAUGAGAGAAACAGGAAAAUUUAUAUUUUUUUCACCCCUUCAACUUCCAGCACAUUGAACGUUGCCAUUUAAAUUAACAGGGUAUUACAAGAAUAAAACAAUGUUUUUGAAAUGGUGAGGUAGAAGUGUUUAAAAAAGAAAAGAAAAAAGUCUGAAGUAAUUUUUUGUUUCUUCUAAGCUGUUUGUAGCUAAACAUGGGAAUCUACAGUGUCUCCUUCCAUUUGUUUUUCCCUAUUAUUCCACCUCUUCACCCCAAAUCUGAGGUGUGCAAGAGCUGUUGCAUUAGCCCCUUUCAGUCCUCACCCCGAAAAGAAACUCCUUGUGGGAUCCUUCAGCUCCAUUCAGGAAGACAAAGGGAGGAGAGACGCUGCAGCUUUCUUUGCUUCGCUCUCAUUCCUCUCUAAUGGCCUUGAAAUGUAUUAUUAUGCAAAUGUGAAUUUUGAUACUGAACUUAAGAAGAGGUUUUUUUUUCUUUUUCCAAAAAAAAAAAAAAAAAAAAAGGUCCCAUAUGUGGUCAGCAUUGCUUCUUUAUUUUGUAAGUGAAUUGUAAACUAUGCAUUCUGCUGGGAGGAUGUAGGGGAAGAAGAGGUAGCUUUGCUAAACUGUUCAGCAGUUUCUGUGUCCAUGGUGCAUCCAUGUUGGUGUGGAGGGAAGGAGACAGAGUGAUGACUUCGAAAGAGAAAGAGACUCUUGGGAACGUCUUCUCUUUUCAGAAGUCGGCAGUUUUGAUAACUAGACAGUUUUGGAGAAUUCAGUUAAGAUUGAUUCCAAAAUCCAACUCAAAUUCUGCAGGAUUGUGAAUUCUAGCCAUGCAGUGUUAACCAAGGGCCAACAGUGUGACAUGAGACCCCAACGUUCCUGGAAAAUGAUUUGACCACCUUCUGUGUUAAGGCCUCUUUCAAGCUCAGGAAACAGAGUGCCUCAGGCACUGUCUUUUGGGAUUUACCUACUCACUUUCCAUUAAAACAGCCACUCUCUUAGGAGAAUUGGAACACAACUGCUCUUUACUCAUAAACUGUCUACGUGAACCUUUUCCUCAAAUUGCCACUGUUGCUAUCUCUGUUGCAGCUCUAGUGGGUGGGAGCACUAUUACAGAUCGGGUGCUGGUGUUGUAGCUAACUUAUCUUCUAGCCCUGAUCAGAGCAGGUGUAGGAGAACUUGGCAGUUAAAACACUAGUAACCACCAAUACCUUGUCUAUACUAGUGCCACCACUGGUGAUGUAGCGGUGGUGGUAGUGAUGGAAAAUUUUAGGGAACAAAAACUAAUGUAGAUAAAGCCAUCUAAAUUAAAGAAAUUAGCCUUGUGUACUGGGAAGUGGCUUCACGUUCUCACCCCCAAAAUGCAGUUGAUUUUGUCACUUACACGUGUACCUGGAGCUCAGUGGGCUUCUUGGAGUGGUCUCCUCGUAGAAAAAUGUAAAUCUCACUGCCCUCUUCAUUGUCUUAAUAGGAGCCUUGUGUUGACUUGACUUUCCCUUGCCCAUGGUGAACCAUGGUACCUGCAUUAAUUACCCUUGGCAUUAUCGUAGAUAACAGUAUCAUAACUGAGAGAUUAUCUUGCCUGUAUUCAGUGUUUUUCAUGCAGCAAUUUUAUUUUUUGUUGACGUUCGCAGUACUGUAAUGAGUAAUAGACUUGAUGAUGACACUCUCCUCACAUCUGUGCCUGCCUUACAGAUGUGAUCUUAUCAGGGUUCCACUCUGUUGGAUUGCCUUUUAAAAAUAAAAAAAAUCCUGAAGUUUCAAUUCUUCAUCACAAAAUACCUCAUGGUACAUUUCCCUUUUUAAUGUAACCUUUUAAGCCCUGUGUUCUCUUCCAACCUUGGUGGGCUUAUCCGCUUCUUAGAUCUCCUCCUGGGAGAGAGGUUUAGAUUAGUGGUUUGAGCACAGGACUGAGAGCCUGGAACUCUUUAAUUCUAAUCCUGGCUCUUAUUCUUCCUCUCUUAGCCUUGGGCAAGUCACUUAACUUCUCUGCCUCAGUUUUUUCAUCUGUACAAUGGCGAUAUUAAUACUAACCUACCUCACAGGGGUUUUGUGAGGAUUAGCGAGUUCUUGUCUGUAAAGUGCUUUGAAGAUGAAAAGCACUAUAUAAGUAUUAUGAGUUUUAACAGCAAGAUAACUCAUUCUUAACAUUGUUUGCUUGGGGUGGGAUCGGGGGAACCUAUAACACUUCUAUGUUCAAGCCAUCAAAAAAAUCUAGAUCCUAAAUGACUUCGCUAAGCAGAAGUCAAUGGAGAGCUUAAACCAUCCAUAUUGCUUACUUUCUCCUUCCCCUUUCUAUCAGGCUCCUCCCCUGCCUUACAUAUGCAGUAAUGCUGUUUUUGCUAUAGGUCACAAGCCCAUUCUUUUAAGCAGACAUUGAACCUGGUUGGAUUGAUGUACUUGCAGCUUUCCUCCUCUUCCACCAGAUCUUUAAAUUGGAUGCAGUGUGUCAUCUUUUCCCUGCCUUUAAACAGACAUUGGGUGGUGAAGUGUCAUCCCUCCAUGGACGCAUCUCUUCCUGCCUUCAGGAAGGGAGUAGUAUCUUGUAGAUCUCGUGGGGAUUGUAAAAUGAAGAGCCUUGUCACUUUAUGCUGCUCUAGGAAUAGAGGACAGUGUAGUCCCCAUAAUUUAUGAAAGUGUUGUUAUACUGCCACUUCAAAUAGGGUGUCACCUUGUCCCUAAUACACAGAAGCCAUCAUAUACCAAUAGUACAUUGAAACAGAGAGCAUGACAUUCAGUAGUAGAUGCUGCUUAUGUAUAUGCCUUACAGCUCACCUAGAAUCUCUGAGAGGGUAGGUGGAGGAAGAGGUCUUUGUUGGGUAAAUCCCACAGCUGUCAGGGAACCUCUGAUACUUUCUCCCCUCUCCAGUCAUGUUGUGGUCAGUUUCUUCUGUCGUAGAUGAGUGUCUCAGGGAUGUGCAUAUGAGCCCAUGCCUUUGGAAUUUGGUCUUGGAAAUCUUGAGAUUUGGUUUCAGUUCUGUAUUUGAAGCCUUCCUUUCUGACACUUCACUGGCCCUUUCCGUCCGUUGGAUUGCUCCCUGUGGCCUUAGGAUCAUCUCUUCACUGCUGCCCUAUGUCACCCUCUCCACCUCUGCCAGCACACAAGUGAAAUCUGUCCAGUGAUUCCACAAAGAACAAAAGUGAAAUGAUGCCCAGGUGCCCCUAAAAUUUGCGUGCAAUUGCACACAAUUUCUGAGGUGCAGAAUAUCUAACAGAUGUGGUGUUCUUUCCUUCCUAUACCGAAAACAGAACAAACAUUGCAUAGCUCUGCUGAUGGUAACUCUGCACUGUUUACUUGUUAAUUAAAUGUUAUGUCUUUUCCCAAAAGAACCAAAUAAAUACCAAAAACAACCUUUUUGGGGGGGAAGGGUUGAGGGGGUGAGGAAAGCAAAUGGUGGGGAAUGGUUCCAAACUAUUUUAGAUUCCACCAUUUCGAUGGAAACAUGAAAUGCUGCUUUGAAAUCCACAGACCUAACUAAGGAGCUAUGUUUACAAAGACAAAUGCUUUCUACCUGAUCAGGAAACUGGCUAAUGGUGGGCAUCCCAGGCUUGGUGAAGUUUUCCUCAUUGCUAACAAUCAAGUCAGGUAAUGGGGGAGAGGGUGUGUCUUGAGGAAGAAUGGAGGAAGAGGUUAACUUAAUCUAGCCGUGUUUCUAAAAUAGUUUCCCUUUCCUCUCUCCUUCCUUUAAAUAAAUAAGUAAGUGCAGAGUGGAUAAUCACUGAUGUCCAAAACUGCUGGAUUAGAAAAGGCAGCUUUCGUACUUUGCACAUAAAUAAGGUAACAGGAAGGUACAGCUAAAGCCCUCUUGCUGAAACACUGUCCCCCAUGAGCAGACGUAAUAAUAAAAAUAGUGGAUGCGCGUAUUGAUGCUCUUUGCAAGUUACCUAUGAGUGUUUUUUUUUCUUAUACUUGAAAUAGCUUUCUUUAUUAAAAACUAUUUUAAUUCUGGUUUCUUCCCCCAACCUCCCCCUCCCCCCGGAUGGGCAGCAAAGAAAGCCGACAAGGGAGAAUAGAGAGGAGGUGACACAAUUCCUUUCGUGCCCAGGUUUCAUCUUAAUUCCCAUCCAUACACCCUGGUGUUUGAAUAUCCUAGUGGUUUUCCAUGGACACAGAAACUCAGCACUUUGAGGUGCUUUUGUAUGGCAGGCUGCCCCCCUUCUCCUCCUCUUCUGUAUUUUUAUUUUACUUUUAGUAUAGUGGUACUUAAAAUCACUGGUUCACUUAAAAAACAAUAAAAUGUUUAAACUCUACUAAUGUACAAAUAAGCUGAAAUGUUGCAUUUUAUGUGUAUUUUUUGCCAUAGCAGGUACUGUAUUUCUCAUGCUGGAUUUCAAAAAAACAAACAAAAGGGUGAUGUUUUAUUGGAGUGUGACAAAUUAAGAGUAAUAAGGAAUUAAGUCGUCGUCAUUUCAUUGAAACUGAGAGAUGGUGUAAUACAUAUAUAAGUUUUCUGAAGGUUUUUUUGGGCUUUUAAACAGCUUUUUUGUUUUUAUUUUAUUUUUAUGUUUUUUAAAGAUAUGAUUGUAUUAUGUGCAACUCAGUUGCUUACAUUAUAACUACAAAAUAUUUUUGGGUUCCUGGAAAAAGAGACUAAUAAAUGUGUUUGGCUGCUAAGCAUUUAA